UACCCGAAAUAUUACCAGUCAAACUGAUUGGGUUUUGUUACAAAAAAAAAAAGAAGAAGCCAAAAAUCUGAGAGAAAAAAAUAACACUCAAAACUUCUGAUAGUUUAUAAAUAACGAAAAUGAAAUCGACCGUCAUGAUUUUCCUCAUUAUCUACCUCCUCCUCGCCGUGCCUUGCUUCGCUAAAGGAUCGGAGCAAACGGAUUCAGAGGUGUACGAGAUCGAUUACAGGGGACCGGAGACUCAUAACUCUAGACCUCCCCCGGAAACUUUGCACGGCAAGCCACCGUACAUCCACCAUAAUGCCUCCGCCGCUGGGCUCGGUGCUCAUGUAGGAGGAAAGAACUAGAGAGAGACCUUUUCCAAGGAGAAGAGAGGGGACUCAAAAGCUUUAAGUUGAAGAUGAAGUUUUACGAGAGCUGUGAUAUAUAUGAGUAAUGAUGUUGGUACAGAGAGUUUUUUUAUACUUAUUUAUCAUAUGAAUUUGAUCAUCGAUGUGUGAUCAGUACAGUUAGUGUGAAUAAUUUACACACUACUCUCCUCUCCUGAUGUCAUGUCCGGUCCUUUAUUUAUUUCUUUUUUCAAUUCUCAUGCACCGUUCUAUAUAUCAUUUUUUUCGGUCUGAAUCUUUUGGAACUAUUUUUUUAUUAAAGCAGGGUAAUGUGUCACUAAAUGAAUAUCAGUAUAAUUAUUUAA